GGAGGAGCAUCUUCUCCCUGUGACGUCAUGACAGCAGCAUCCACUGCUAGCUCUGCUUUAAGCCUUUUCGCUGCGAUCGCUGCCUGCACAAAGGAAAUACUAUAUGAGAUCCCCUGUACUCCCUGAAAUGGCGACUCAGGAGGUACAGCUGAAUGAAACUCUGGUUCAUCUCAAAGAGGAGUCGGAGAAUCUGAAGUCGAAACUGGAGGAGGAAAGAGCGAAGCUGCACGACGUCGAGCUACAUCAGGUGGCAGAGAAAGUGGAAGGUCUGGGUCAGUUUGUCAUGAAGACCCGAAGAACUCUGAAGGGACAUGGAAACAAAGUUCUGUGCAUGGACUGGUGUAAGGACAAGAGGAGAAUCGUCAGCUCUUCGCAGGAUGGAAAGGUUAUCGUAUGGGAUGCUUUCACCACCAACAAGGAACAUGCUGUGACAAUGCCUUGCACCUGGGUGAUGGCCUGUGCCUAUGCCCCAUCUGGCUGCGCUGUAGCCUGUGGGGGCCUGGAUAACAAAUGCUCAGUGUAUCCUCUGUCCCUGGACAAGAAUGAGAACUUGGCAGCAAAGAAGAAGUCGGUGGCCAUGCACACAAACUACCUGUCUGCCUGUAGCUUCACUAACUCUGAUAUGCAGAUCCUGACGUCCAGUGGGGAUGGUACAUGUGCAUUAUGGGAUGUUGAGAGUGGGCAGCUGUUGCAAAGUUUCCAUGGACACGCGGCAGAUGUGCUCUGUCUGGACCUGGCCCCCUCUGAGACUGGAAACACAUUUGUUUCAGGGGGUUGUGAUAAGAAGGUUAAUGUGUGGGACAUGCGUUCUGGACAGUGUAUUCAAUCCUUUGAAACUCACGAAUCAGACAUAAAUAGUGUGCGAUAUUAUCCCAGUGGAGAUGCAUUUGCAUCUGGCUCAGAUGAUGCUACAUGCCGCCUGUAUGACUUAAGGGCAGACAGAGAAGUGGCUAUUUAUUCGAAAGAGAGCAUCAUAUUUGGGGUUUCCAGUGUUGAUUUCUCUCUUAGUGGCCGGCUACUGUUUGGUGGCUACAAUGACUACACCAUAAAUGUUUGGGAUGUUCUGAAAGGAACACGGGUCUCUAUUCUGUUUGGACAUGAGAACCGUGUUAGUACACUGCGUAUUUCCCCAGAUGGGACUGCCUUCUGCACAGGCUCCUGGGACCACACUCUUCGGAUCUGGGCUUAAGGACGAAGACUACUCACCAAUGUUUGUGUUUGCUAAAGUACAAUCACAGAGACUCCGUUUUGGUUGUACAUAGAGCAUAUCAAUAGCACUGUAUAUACUCCAGGCUCAUAGCCAGGGUAGAUUUACAUAUUUCAGCAAGUAAUUAAACCAAAUGAUAGCUUCUAUUACAAUAUGAUUGAAAGAAAAUUGCACACAAGAACUUGCGGUUACAAAUUAAGAUGUAUAAUGCAUAUUGUAGAAAAUAAUAUUGGUAGUUACUAACAUCUGACUAGGAUAGAAUUGACACAAUAAAGUGAUGUAUUUUAUGUGCCCACAUAAAGGAAUUACUUGUUGAUUUCUAUUUAUUUAUUUAUUUAUUUGCACAAAAACAAUGCAGAAAUGCACUCUGUGAAGAAAAUGGGUUACAAGGAAACAAAAUAUGUCUGCAUGAGAAAACAUAGUAAGACCACAGACUGAGAAAAGAGACAGGGGAGGAUAGUAAUGUGGUUUCUCUGUAAAUUAAAAAUGUUGGAAUGCUUAGACUGGUUUGUAGAAAUGUUUCAACAUUAGUUAAUCUGAAGUAAUUAAAAUUAAUACUGUAUGUAAAGGUGUAUUGGCAUUAAAUAUUAUGACCAUAAAACAUUAUGACCAGUACAAAAGCAGUCUAUUAAAGAAAGAGAACAAAUUUAGAUUUUUAACUCUGCAACAUGUGUGCCCUACAAACGUUCCCCAUACUUGCCAGCAUUUCACCUGCAAAUAUUCUAAUAUGAGAAAGCACAUUUACAGGUAAAAUUAGAAUAUGUUUAUUUUUCAUUCUUGUGAUCUUAAAAUGAGGUUCACCCUCCCACCAGAUAUCUAAAUACUAAUAUAUGAAACAUCUAAAUUCUUAGAAUGCACUCCUUUUCAUGCAGUUGUCCAAUGGCUGUAAUUUCAUAUGUACUGCAAUUAUUUUAUUGUAGUUUAGUGUACAGUUAUACAAGGGACUGUUUAUCUAAAUAUUACAACCAUAAUAAACUAAGU